AUGGCUGUCGAUGUUUGCUCUGCUUCCGAAGUUCCUAUAAGCCCACGAAUCUCCUUCUCCCAUGAUAUCAAUGACCCAUCUUCAGAUAUCAACUCGAUUCAAUCCGAUCCCAACAGAUCAGACCAAUUUCUUCUAUCUCCCACUUUCGAUUUCGAUUUCUGCACCACCUCCAAUCUCACACCUGCGGAUGAGCUCUUCUCCAAUGGAAAAAUCCUCCCUACCCAAAUCAAAAAACCCAAAAUCAUUCACCUCCCAGUUCCCAAAUCGGAAACUUCACCACCAAAUACGGAUACCCAGAAGAAACGCCUCAAGGAGUUCAUAUUCAAUGACGAAGAACAACAAAAAUCGACAUCCACAUCGAGAUCCUUUUGGCAGUUCAGGAGAAGCACGAGUCUUAAUUGCGACAAUGGUAAGGGCCCAAAAGGGUUGCUUAGAUCCUUAUCGAUAAAAAGCUUAUCAAGAAGCUAUUCAACUGGUUCAGCUCUGAAUCCAAAGGGAAAUGGAGGUCCGAAAUCCAUGGAAAGAUCAAAGGAGCCUGUGUCAUUAAGAAGAUGUUCUAGCGUAGCUCAAACUCAAAAUCCAGCUUCUUCUUCUUCUUCCACUCAUAUGUAUUAUAGUUAUCAAAAUUCGAGUUCAAGGAAUUCGAAAGGAGGAAUUAGAAUUAUUCCAGUUUUGAACAUUCCACCUGCUUACAAUAUUUCAAAGGGGACUAUAAGUUUUUUUGGAUUUGGUUCACUUUUGUGUAAUGGAAAAGCUAAAAAGAAGAGCAAAUCAUAA